GUUCUCGAGGCGUAAACAACAAUGGCGACCGUCAGCUGACGUACAGUGGGCUUGGUCGACAAAAUUGAUCAACUAAACUGGAUUUAAAUGGAACUUUACGUAAGAGGAAGUGGUGUUACAAGUAAAAAUGUCAUCUGAAAGUGACGCAGAAGAGUUUUACGAUGCGUUUGACAUCACUCCUCAUCGCCAGUCAAUGAGGUCAGAAGAAGGAGCAGUUGUUGAGAAAGCUACAGAUCACCAAUGGACUCCAUUAGAACAUUCUACUAUGCUGGGCAAUUUGACUACUGGACAAGAUUUACUCCAGUCUGUAGAAAUGAACCUAAUUCAAUCAAGUCCAACCACAACUCUUAUGCAGCCACCAUCUCAACCCUUUCUUCACCCACUGAAAGCUUUUCAGUCUUCAAAAGAUCUGAUAUCUUCGGAAAAAACAUUGGUCGAAGUUUCUCCUGCUGGUUUGGAAAAAGAGGAACGUCUCAGCAUAGGAAGUUUAAGUAUCGGAAAGCGUGAUGUUGAGGAAACGAGCAGUGCAUGUAGUGGUUCACUACUAGGAAACUUGGGUGAUGAUGAUGAUGAUGAGGAAGCCGCUCCAAGAGCUCGGUCGGGUGGGCGCCGACGCAUAAGACACCAAGAAGUUCGAAGACAAAUCCAAAAAGAAGAUGAUGACCCACCAUUCCCUCCUUCUCCAGUUGGAAGUCAAUCCUCCUCAAUAGAUGCAGUUUAUCCAUCGGGAAGGACUUCUCAUCCGUUUAGAGUUGUUGAACAUGAUGCUGCAAGUGUUUAUAGUACAGUCUCACUUGGAAAGGUUGGCAAGAUAUUAGCUGGCAUGGAAGCUCAAACCACACGUGAAGGUCAGCUAAGUCAAGAUACAAGCUCACCUUCAGAAAAUAAAUCUAUAGUGUCAUCACAGUCAGAUCCUUCAAAAGAUAUAUCUUCAUCAGGAAACAUAAUACAUCCAGCAGGUGAGAUAGCAGGAAUAACAAUGUCUCCAGAGCCAGACCUGGUGGCUAGCACAAAAAGCAGUUCAGGCAGUGAUAAGUCCAAUAGCCUUCCCCGUUCAGCACAAGAAUUGCCCCCAAACCUGCCAUCAGUGGAUAUAUCUUCUUGUCCACAAUUAUCUGUUUCUGAAGUGUUUCCUGAUUUGUCUCAGUCUGAAACUCCUAAAGAGAACUAUCUUCAAGAAAUUCCUCCAAUGAUACCAUCAUCAGUACCACCUUCAUCCCCUGGCUCUAGUGCCCUUUCUGCUGAUAUAACUUCUCAAGCUCCCUUUACUGUUCACGCUGCACCCAUUGUUGCUCAGGCUAUGUCCCAUGUGUCACAAGGUCCACCUCUGACUACUUCACCAUGUUUAGUUCCAGUAGCUCCUCCUAGAAGAAGACGAAGAAACAAGCUGGGUAAUGAUGAUGACACUGCAAGUUUAGCAAGUGUAUCUUCAUUACCAUCUCCUGCCCUCACUCUGUCAUCUGUUGAUGCCAUCAGCAUUGGUCAGUGUUUAGAUAUACGUCAGGCCGUCCGUGGAGAUUAUCUUGUCAAACCACAAGAUUCAGAAAAUGCUAAAGCUGUGGGUCCAAGUGCUGAGGAAAUAGCUAGAUUAGAAGCCGAAGACACCACAAGCCAGGCUUCUACACCAGAAAUUUCUCGUGCUUCAAGUCGCUUGGCUAACUCCAGCCAUCAGCCACCUUCAGCUGGGGGAACACCCAGCACUCCAGGAACACCUGGAUCUAUUCCAUCAGAUACUCCAACACCAGAUGCUGCAGCAAGUCCUUCAUCAAGCAGUGAAGGGCAGAUGAAGCAGCUCAACCUGAUGGUCCGAACCCGAUCAGACUCUGGCAAAGAACUAUCUGAUGCUGAAUGGUUUUUGCAGUCUCCCGUUGACUUUGAUGUCUUCAUGAGUGACAAAGAAAUCUUGAAGCAAGUGACUGUACUCAACCUAGACACGGGAGAGAGAAUUCCACUGAGUGAUGCAGAGAACUGCUUACCACAGGCCCUCAACCCCCUCUCUCUGCACAUCAUGAGACUCACCAGUGAAUAUGUCAGUAACUCCAAUGUUGAUGGGCAAGAAUCAGAUGAAGAGAGUGUUGUGGAUGUAAACAUCAAGAAGUUACCUGAAACAGAUAGCUCGGCAGUUAAGAAGAAAACCUCACAGUUGAAGAAAUUCUUAGGAAGAAAAAUGGAAUCUGCAGUGAACAAGGCACGUUCACUAGCUCAUGAAGUCUCUCAUAGACAUCGAGAGGAGAAGGAUGUAUUUGAGGAUGAUGCACCUGCACAUGACACCAUGCAUUAUGUCAAGAUUAAAACUGCCCACAGCCACAAAGGUCCACUUGAAUUUGAUAAUCUCAUGUACGUCCAGGAAAUUGCAGGGGAGCACACUGGACCAAUCUGGUGCAUGAAAUUUAGUGGCUGUGGUCGCUUAUUGGCGACAGCCGGGCAGGACCAUGUGCUGAGGGUCUGGGUCCUCAAACAGGCCUUCAACUACUUCCUUGAUAUACGCACUAAAUGUAAUGCCGACAUUAAGGUAUCUCCAACACCGUCUCAAGAGUCACUGGUGUCCCAGCACUCGGGACAAUCAGGAGAAGACCCAGGUUCCCUUGAUCCAAAUGAUGAUGGUAGUGCACCCUUUAUGCCCAAGCCAUUUUGUGUUUACACUGGUCAUUCAGCAGAUAUGCUUGAUAUAUCUUGGUCUAAGAAUUAUUUUUUAUUAACUUCAUCUAUGGACAAGACAGUACGAUUGUGGCACAUCAGUCGAAAGGAAUGCCUCUGUAUAUUCCAGCACAUGGACUUCGUCACAGCUAUUGCUUUUCACCCAAAAGAUGAUCGAUAUUUCAUCUCUGGGGCACUGGAUGGAAAACUACGAUUAUGGAGCAUUCCCGACAAGAGGGUAGUGUUGUGGAAUGAAGUUGGAGGACAGCCGAAUCUUAUUACUGCAGCUAAUUUCUGCCAGAAUGGAAAAUUUACAGUAGUUGGAACAUAUGAUGGCAGAUGUAUCUUCUAUGAAACUGAGCAGCUGAAAUACUACACACAAAUCUAUGUGAGGUCCACAAGAGGAAAAAAUGCUAAAGGUCGAAAAAUUACUGGCAUUGAACCCCUCCCUGGCGAAGACAAGGUUUUAAUUACAAGUAACGACAGCAGAAUACGUCUAUAUGAUCUGAGAGAUUUGAACCUUUCUUGCAAGUAUAAGGGCUACUCAAACAUGUCUAGUCAAAUAAGGGCAGGUUUCAGCCAUGAUGGAAAAUACAUCGUUGCAGGGAGUGAGAAUCAGUGUAUAUAUAUUUGGAAAACCCAUCAUGAUUACUCAAAGUUCUCCUCAGCAAGAAGAGACAGAAAUUUAUAUUGGGAAGGAGUGAAAGCUCACAGUGCUGUUGUCACGUGUGCAGUGUUCGCUCCUCACCCUGAGCUGGUCUUUAGCUUUAUUGAGCAGCAGCAAGAGAUUCUCAACAGAUCUGGUGAACACCAACAACAGCAACAACAACAAGAACAACAACAAAAGCCAAGCCAAAACAAAGAUAGUGGUACAACUAAUAAAGGAUAUGCACUUGUGUCUGCAGAUUUUAACGGGUGCAUUAAAGUUUUCUUAAAGAAGGAGAAACCAAAGCAUUCCUCACUGCCAGCAUCAGCUAUGGUGUAGAAAUAAUACAUUGUGAGCUUUGCAUUGUAUUAUUUUUUAUACGAAUUAAAUAAAUAAUAUUUUAUUCGUCUAAUCCUGAAGUCACAUGUGACUUGAUGGAUAACAGCCUAAUGUAGGGUAAAGUGCAUAUGUAAUGCAUCGUUCACCCUGUGAAUUGCUGUGAGUGCAUAAAAAGGGAGUUCAUAACCUAAUACAGUGUAGCCUUGCCAUAACGCAGGUGAUGGAAGCUAAGAAGAUACACUUCGUUAUUGUACUCUUGUGGUAUUAAAGAAAGAAUCUUCAUAUAUGUUAUAUCACAGCUGAGAUUAUAACUGGUACCAACAGCCAUUCCUUGCAUGUGAAACAAAAUUAGCUCUUCUCCUAUACUGUACUGAACAAUUAAAAUAUUAUUAUUAUUAUUAUUGCUCAUCUUUUUGUCUUGCUGUAUCUAAAUGUCCUGUAUAACGAGCAUAUACUUCUGAAAAAUUUAAAUACAAUUUUAGAAAUCUAAUCCAAGCAAAUGUUGCACUGAACUGUUGUGUGAUGCCUUUAUUUAUAUAGAACUGCUUUCUAAAUUUUCAGACAGUGGUUGUGAAUGAUAAUCUAUAAAUGCCUUUCAAUCUGACGAUAGAUUUUCCACUCAAUUUAUAGUGCAGCAUAAACAUUGCUUUAGAGUGAAAGGAGAUAUAAGCUGCAAGGCCUCUUUGAAUAUUGCUUUAGGCAUUGCAUGGCCUCUGUGAGUGAAAUGAGACAUUCCUACAAGGCAUCUGUUUAUACCCCAUGAAAGCCUAAUACAGGAAGAGAACUCGCACACAAAGUAAAACUCCCGUCAUGUCUGCUUGAGUGUUAGUGUGCAAUGAAUGCGAGUUAAAAGGGGUUUAAUCCCUUACAAUUUUUUUUAGAAGCAAAGUUAGUUUAGUUAUUCUUUUAUGUGAUUACAUAAUUUGUAAUAUUGGAAAUGUACUCCAUUUAACAGUGCAAAACCAUAUAAUGUAAGUUGUCACUAUAAAUGUCACAACAGUACAUAAUUUUUUUAGAAUCAUCAGAGUGCCUUUCACAUGUUAUGUACAUAAUCACGGAUAAUUAGAUCAUAUAAUUAGUGCAUAUAGUUUUCUUAUUAACUCUUAUGGUUUUAAACACUAGAAAACUUGCCAGCAAAUACAAAAUAAUCACUAUAAUUACUGCCCUUAAAUGCUAUUACAUAUUUGCUCUGAUGCUCUGGUAACCCAUGCAGCAACAAUACCCAUGUCAGGCUUAGCUAUUAUGCUCUGAUGCUCUGGUUACCCAUGUAGAAACAACACCCAUUGCAGGCCUAUCUACAAAUCUAAAUGUUAAAUUUUAUUUUGGAGCCAUAAAAAUACACUGCCACUACAGUAUGUAUGAUAUUUCAGUAAGUUGUAGGGCGUUAUAAUGAGGCUACACUGUUUACGGAGGGUGUGAUCUGAUUCUGUACGUUUGGAAUAAACGUUUUAAUACAUCCAUGUCCAUGAACAAAAUACAACUUUGGGUGGCAAGUGAUGCCAAUAAAACUUGACAUUUACACUCAUGUUACUUACAAGACUUGUUAUACUGUAUAGUUAUUCAAAUAUAUUUUUUUGUUACUGUAUAAGUUGAGUAUUCUGUAUUUAAUGUUGUAUUAUAAUUUAAUUGAAAUUGUAUUUAAAUAUUCAAAAUUAUUAGAUAAAUUAUUUGAUGUACAACUUACGUUGAUGUAAGCCAUGUGUGUAAUUCAUUACCUAACAAACAAGAAAGUUUUGAUAAACUACUGAUGCUCCCUACCACUGUAUAUGCUGAUGUUUAUAGUCAUCUACCACCACAUAUCAAUACUCAAACAUUUUAUUAUUGUAAAGUUGAGUAUUUCUUAACCCAUUAAUUAUAUUAUAUAGUAUAUAUAUAUAUACAGUAAUUGGACUGGUGUGACUAUCUGUCUAAGCAAUUAUUCUAAAUUCUAAAAAUAAAUAGGAAAUUAUUAUAA